CAAUGCGCUUGCGUGCGUAUUCUAUAUACGAGGCGAGUUGGCAGAACUCUCAGCCUCCAGUACCUUUCGUUUUAGCCUGAUUACCAAAGCCUGCCCGUGAAACCACAACUAAUCUAAUUACAUCCUUGUUGAAGACAAAACAUGAGAUCCUUAAUUGUGGCAACACUUCUAGCAGCAGUAAUCGCUGUCUCCUUUUCUCAACAUGCAUCACCAGUACCAAGUGGGCCUAUAAAAGGAGAAGCAGGAGAAAAGGGACGAAGUGGAAAUGCAGGACCUGGAGGAUCUCCAGGAAAAAGUUGCCCCACUCGCCCCCCAGAACGUCAACCUGGAUCUCCAGGGAUUGCAGGACCUGGAGGAUCUCCAAGACAAAGUUGCUGCCCUGGACCAGGACUAGGUCCACCUGGACCAGUAGGUCCACCUGGAUCUCCAGGGAUGGAAGGGGCACCGGGCCGGAGAGGUGUGAAGGGAACUACAGGAGAGAACGGUGAGAAGGGAGAUAUAGGAUUACCAGGCCCAACUGGAAAUACUGGAGCUCAAGGAGAUCCAGGAGAUGUAGGGUUCCCUGGACAACCAGGGAAUAUUGGAGCUCAGGGACUGAAAGGAGAACCCGGAGAGAGAGAGGGAUUCAAGGACCAACAGGACAAACAGGAGGGAGAG